UGAAACACACAGGAAGCUACGGAGCUCACGAGGUAGCAUUAGCUCCUCUUAGAAGGUAGUUUUGAAACAGGUUUGGUGUUUUCGGUAAAUAUUUCCGUGUUUUCAGUGAAAAUGUCUUCAGUUCCGCCUCAGAGAGAGUUUAUCAACGAGCAGGUAACUCCUGCUGGAGAAACAUUCACAGAGUUUAAAGAAAUCAACGUUAAGAUGGAGGAAGAGAUGGAGGAUCAGCGCAGACUGAUGGAUUUUACCCGGAUACCGAGGAUCAUCUUACACCGGAUAGAUCUCCCACAGUGCUGGGUGUGUAAAGAGGAGGAGGUUCUCAAUGAAUUCAGCAACCAGGAGAGGAAGUCCACUUCAGGUAAAGAAGAACCAGAACAUCAAGAGUUCAAAGAGGAAGAGAAGCAACUCUGCAUCAGUCGGGAUGAAGAGCAGCUUGUGCUGAAACAGGAGACUGAUGACAUUUUGGUGAAUCCUCUUAAUGUGCAAAGAAUCCACAAUGAAACAGAACCACAGAGGAACCAACUCAUCUCUCAUGGCUCUGCUGAGGAUGAGAACCAGGAUCAGGAAGGCAGCAAUUCUGAAGACCCGGGAAAAAAGAGAAAGGAAGAACAGAAACAAAAGGAGAAAUAUGAGAAAACCAAAGAGCAGAAAGGCAGAACUGACACUGAAAAGCAAAAACAGCACAAGAAAGCUCACACAGGGCAAAAAUCUUAUUCUUGUAAAAUUUGUGAUAAAAUCUUUUCUCAAAACAGUAACUUGAUGAGACACAUGAUAACUCACACAGGACAAAAACCUUUCACUUGUUCAACCUGUGGGAAAAGUUACAUACAAAAGGCUGGUUUAAUUUGUCACAUGAGAAUUCACACAGGUGAGAAGCCUUUUUCCUGUGGGACUUGUGGAAAAAGUUUCACCAAAAAAGACACUUUAAAAGUUCAUAUGAGAAGUCACACAGGUGACAAGCCUUUCUCUUGUGGGACCUGUGGAAAAAGUUUAAUCUGUAAAGGCCAAUUAAAUGUACAUAUGAGAAGUCACACAGGUGAGAAGCCUUUCUCUUGUGGGACCUGUGGAAAAAGUUUCAUCUGUAAAGGCCAAUUAAAUGUACAUAUUAGAAAUCACACAGGUAAAAAGCCUUUCUCAUGUGUGACUUGUGGAAAAGGUUUUCGAAGCAAAUAUGAGUUACAGAGUCACAUGAAGAUUCACACAGGUGAAAAGCCCUUUUCUUGUGUAAAUUGCGGGAAAAGCUUUAAAAGCAAAUCUAAUUUAAAUUGUCACAUGAGAAUUCACACAGGUGAGCUUAAUUUCUCAUGAACAAGCUGAUAAAAGUUAUUUUUCUAUAAAUGGCAAAUAACUUAUCACAUGAGGACUCACACAGGUAGAAAGCCUUUUUCUUGUGUGACUUGUGAAGAAAGCUUCCGCAGCAAAUUUAGUUUAAAUCGUCACAUGAUGUUUCACCGGUGAGGAGCCUUUCUCAUGUAGCCUGUGGAAAAAGUUUCACUCAAAAAAAAAAAAGAGUUUAACUGUACAUAUAAGAAUGGGAUAAUGUGAACCUUAAGUAUCAAAUAGUUUUAUCUUUCAUGAAACUUUUUUUUCAUGAAAAAAUUUUUAAAUGAGCUUUUAAUCUUCAAGUGUCUUUUAAAUAAUGUACUGUGUAUUUUUAUAAGUGAUAUUUGUAAUGUUUUAAAGGAACAAUGCACUGGAACAUUUUUAGUUUUAGACUUAAACUUUUGUAGUGUGUUUAUUUUUUGUUGUACUUGUACUUUGAUUUAGUUUCAUGAUUACUGUUAGCCGUUCCUGUAUGCACUGGUGUAGUCACAGACAAAUUUGGCUUCAGCAAUAAUGUUUCCUGGAUUUGAAUCUACAUAUACACUAUUAUAUACAUUGGAUGUAGAGGUGUCUCAGAAAACUCUACGACAUACACUAAACCAGAAGCAUGGUUCUGGUUUAGUGGUUGACUUGGUUUCUGUAUAUAUUUCUGUACUAUAUAUGUUUUUCUAGUGGUUUGAUGUUAUGUUGUAAUUUAAAUGUCAUGUUUUCAUUGCUUGUAAAUGUAAAAUCAUCUUUCAACAGAAAUAAAGUCAUUCACACAUCCA